CCCAGUCAACUCACCCGCUGGCCUGAAGAGCGGCCGACAGCCAGAAAAACCUCAAGACCGACCAAACACGGUUGAUUAUCAAGGGACGAACUCCAAUCCCAAGAAACACGCCUAUCCAACCUCCAAAAAAACGGGAUCCCGAGCCAGCCAGCCAGCCAGCCAGCCAGCCAGCCAACCAGCCGGCUCGUCCGCAUUCAGUCCAACCUUUGUUUGGCCUCAUUGGACCUCGAGGAUCGUGGGUGACAGCCCGGAGAAAACACGCCAACCUUCCGGUGAAUCCGUCUGAUUCCGGUGGAUGAUAAGAGCCACUACCACAUUCACGAUAUCGUUACGUUAUACAAAGAUUGGCCCCGAUGAGGAAGAACAAGAUGAUGAUGUGAAGACGACGACAGACUCUUUGAACUCUGGCGAAGGAAGAAAGAAAAAGAGAGAGAGAGAGAACUUCGAGAAGGAUCCCGCGUUUCAUCAUCAUCAUCAUCAUCAUCAUCAAUCCUAUCGUCUCCGUCAGUUCAGACCAGUGUCGAUCCCUUUAGCGUGUAUGGCUACUUGAUGCUACUCCAAUCCGAAUUGGCAUCGGCGGCAAGUGAGCCGGAGUUCCCUCCCCCAGGAUUGCCCCUGGAUUGCCCCUAGAUUUCCUUCAGAAUUGAUUGAGAGUCCGUGUCAGUGUCCGGGACGAGCUCGACCGUGUUUUUGUGUUGUGCCCUCAUCAGUAUCAUCAGUAUCAUCAUCCUCAGCUUCAUCCGCACCAUCGUCACUGUCGACUCUUAGGAAGGGUUUGGCUGGUAUUUCUUGUCCCGAGAAUUGUCAAGCCCUCAUCAAUCCCACCCAUGAUUUAGAAUGCUGAGCUGGAUGGACCGAAGAAGCUAACCGAGACUGUGGCCCCAAAGUCAUAGACCCAUUACAUCUAUGGUAUACCUGUGCGUCUGGCUUUUCCUACCCACGUCCUUCAACGACGAAGAAGGAUAGCCAAAGGAUCGGAUCUUUCUCCGUUUUUUUCUAGUCGUCUACCUCAAACCUCAACAAUUUCUUUGGCCCGACACCCACGCGCCUCAAACGAACUCGAUUAUUAUCGUCUGGAAAAAAAGACUCAGCUGUGAUUGUAGACUGGGGACGGUAGUGUACAGUGUGUACCUUUGACUGACUUGCACCGUUGUCAUACAAAGGCAGAUCCCGAGGAGUCGGAUUUCUCAGUGUCUACGACCUUCCCUGAGAUACGACUGAGCCGAAGAAAGAAAGAGUUGAUUGACUCGCUCAUUCCACCAGACAGAGAAGUGAUCUUUCUUCAGAUUGAUCUCGGAAUCAGUCCGUCACAAUAUCCUGAGGCCUGCUUUGAGCCACAGGGUCGUGAUCUGACUGAUUCAAUAACCCAUUUCACAUUAUUGUUCAUCGUUGAAUGAGUGGGCGUAAAGUGAUUAUCAAGAUGAGGAAUCUCAAAAAGAGGUUUGCCAACAACGAGAUGCUCUAUUUGGCCAUCAUCCUGAGUUUGCUCCGAACGGAUCCGGACUCUUUCAUGAGUGGUUUGGGAUCCUCAUCCAAUACCAGUGGAGGGGCCAAUGACCUCCAUGACAGUGGUGAUCAACCAUUUGGGGACAUGUGGAUCCAGACCCAAAGCCAUCAAGACUCGUUUGGGUUUGGAUUGGGUGGGAACGAUCUCUCACCAAGACUCCAUCCUAAGAACUAUGAAUCCAUGUUGGAAAGGUUCCAUUCUGAGAUUCUAGACGAUCUCAACAAUCUUGGGCGAUAUGAUAGGAUUAGGCCGUGUUACGGCCAACCCGUCGAGAUCAAUGCAUAUGUGCUAAAUGCCGACCAGGAUCAUCCUGAUCGAAAUGACGGGAAUAAUCCAAAUCACCCGGAUCCGAGAUCCUCAUCGCCCAAUCAUGGUGAAUCCGAUCACGACUCUGGCAUAUCCGACACGGAAGCGCAGAUGUCGAGUCCGAGUGAUUCGGAAGAUUUGGAGGAAGUUUUCAAUGAUCCAGCAAUCGAAGAAGCUACCCUCGAAAACAGGGAUGAUUCGGAUCCCGGAGAUAUUUCCCGAGUGUCCCCAUUGAUUCUAGAACACGACGACACAUUAGAGCUCGAUCUGGGAUUCGCUGCCAACCCCUUCGAUGUUCUUGGUGCUCCUGAUGUGAGCCAUUCUGGCGACUUCAUUCCGGAUGAGGAGGAUGUCGUCAACCAACUGAUUCAUAUUAACGACCAAUUGAAUUACAUCGACGAGAACCUCGAUGAGAUCAGUGAUGAGUUCCUUCAUUUGGACGAACAGUUGGCCGUUCAUCUCCAAGAAGAGCAAGUGGUGACUGGGAGUGAUGGCUCUGGUGGUGUGAGUGACAAUACCGGUGUUGGUCUGGACGACGAUCUUCUCCUGACGGAAGUCGAUUUCGCUGCUCAGCCUUUUGAUGAUUGGCUGUUAGAUGCGGAUCGAAGUCUGGAGGAGUUUGCCCAUUUGUCGGACGACGUUUUCAUAGAGGCCCAAAAUGAAUCAAGCUUUGAAAACUGCCUCUCAGGCCUCAGCCACCUCGAGUUUCAAACCCAAUGCGGACCAAAAAACCGAAUUCCCUCCAGCCACGAACGGAUUUUUGUCCAGUGCUGGAUCCUCACUGGAAUCCUCACCCCGAUCUCGGAAUAAUUCCGCUCCUCUCACAACGGCCUCCGGGCCCAAUGCCUCUGGGCCUAAUGCCUCCGCUCAUCCAAUUCCCAGCAACACGCAGACAGUGGCCUCGCCUCGUGGUCCCAACAACGAACCCUCGGUUCCAUCCCUCUCCAAUGACCCGCCCUCAGCCGCCACCCCUUGGGCGGGGGAUGGCAAGUUUGAACAAUCGUCCUUGGAAGAUCUUCUUCGAACGUCCCACCCGGAAGGCUUAUUGCGAAAUGUGUCUCUUAAUCAAGGAUUCAGCCAAGCCCAUACUCUCAACGACAGUUUCCCCUUGCCUGGAUCAGGGGAUCAGAGUUCAAACUCGGAUCUAGCCUUUGGUGCGUCAAAUUUGGCCAAUCUAACUAGUACGGCCAACACACAAACCACGGCUGAAGGCCAGUCAGCGGGAGAAGCUCCUUUCGGCAUCACAGACACCGAGAUCAUCAAGGAGAUCUUCAAUGUGUUUGGAGGACGAGACCUGCACGAAGUCGAAAACGAGUUUGACUCGCUACUAAAACAACAACCACCACAAGAAGGAGCCACAGAACGUGAAAGCUGUGUCAGCAAUCCCCAACGUGACAACCCUCCUACGUGGAGCCGAUGGACUCAUGACAUCUUGGCCAACUGCUCCUCCCGUGGCCUUUGCGAGCCAACUCAUGAACUCUCCCAUGGGCCUAGCCGGGUGGUCGUUGUCAAUAGCGGUGUCUCGUCGCCUCGCACGACCCCUUGUCUCACCGAGAACACUCCCACGACUACUGUUACUGCCACAGCCACCAACACUAAAGGCCACUCCUACCACGAUCCAGGUCCCAGGGAUUGGGCCCCAAUAGAUGGUUCGAGUACGUCCUUUUCGUCAGCUAAAUCUGGAAAUAGCUCUUCAUUAUCCACAAAUAACGGACGCCAACAACACAGGAAUGACUUGUCGGCAUCCUCAUCGACCACCGCUCAAGGGUCCAUUAGACACGAGUCCUUGGGUGAAGAUCCGUACUGCAAUGGCUCAGUCACUCCCACCUUUGAUAAUGGAUCCAUGACUCCUUCCCCUUAUGCUGCUGCCAUGCUCUCAGCCGCCACUAUUCCCGGUUACUCGGGGUAUAAUCCUUACCUGGCUGCGGCCACGGGCCGUUAUCCACCCACUGCUGCCACACCCUACACGCCACUGAUGAACCAUUCCUAUGCCGCAGUGGCAGCGGCCGCUUCCUUGACCCCUUCCCAAUCCACAACUCUGGGAGCAUCAUCUUCCUCGGGCGCCAUGGCGUUAGAUGAUCUCGACAGUGCCAGUCAUACGAGUGGAAAAUCAUCUAUGUCCAAAGACUUCAACUUUGAUCCCAGUAGCAUCAAACAGGAGCCCGAAGAGUUCUCCUCGAGCUCUUGCGGCAGCGGCAUUGGCCGUUCGCGCCAAUGUCGAGAUGAGAAAAAGGCUCGCGAAUUGGGUGUCACUUUCUCGAUUGAUGACAUCAUCAAUUUGCCAAUGGACGAGUUUAACGACAUGCUAAGUCGGCAAGAGCUCACCGAAGAGCAACUCAAUCUUUGCCGAGAUAUCAGAAGACGAGGAAAGAACAAGGUGGCAGCUCAGAACUGCCGGAAACGUAAAAUCGACCAGAUUGCUCAGUUAGAGGAGGAAGUUCAUCGGGCCCGUACCCGGAAACAAAACCUCCUCAUGGAACGGGAGACGUUAUUCCGCCAACGGGACGAGUGGCGUUCCAAACUCAUGGGCGUCGAAGAGGACAUCUUGAGCGAAAUGGGCAGAAACACCAAGGAGUUUCGGUUGGACUUUGGAGCCCCUGAUGUCAGAAUUCUUCGACGAGAUGAGUUAAUGGUUGGACGUCAAUCAUCUGCCGUAGACCACCUGGAAACCAAUCGAUAUGCCCAGACCGGUCCCAACUCGUCUGCAGACACAUCUCAGCAUCCCAACUUCAAUUGGAAGUCAGAUUCCAAUCAGCACAGCUAAAGAAGACAUCCUCGAGUUGCUCAGUCAGUAUUCCGAACUUCAGCCAACCCCUUGAGAGUGUUAACCGGUCGCCGUCAUUUUCUUCGUCGUCAAGAGCAUCGCCAUUGUCCUUACGAUUUGUCUUCAUCACCCCAGAGAAGUAAUCCAAUGCGAAGGCCAGAAGUCAGGACCAAACGCCUCACUCGCCACCCUGAUGAGGAAGACAAAGAAAGAUAAAUAUGUGUAAACGUAACAUCGUUUGGUUGUGAUACGUAUGAAAAAAAUCAGAUGAGGGUUCUCGUUUUUAUAUCGAUACAGAUGUAAACAGCUUAUUUCUUGUCGUCAGCAUCCACAUUGCUACUCCCUAUUGAUUCUGAAUAGAUGAGCUUUAGUUUAGCUUUGGCAAUGUU